AACAAGAAAAUCGACCUUUGAAAGCAAAAGAGCAGGUGGAGAGAUGAAAGCAGGCAGAGACACCAUUCAGCAGAGAAAACGAAAGUGAUCCCAGCAAGACCGCGGAUAUCAUGAGCCUAAACAAUGGCUGCUGUUUGUGCGCGUUAGCGAGCGGGAACAAGGUGAGUUUGUCAUAAUGGAGGGUGACAGGCAGAGCGGAGUGGCUGGAGCCAGGUCAAGCCGCCUCACUGGCCUUCAGGAGCAACUGAUCUGGGCCCUGCUGGGAUCUGGACUGUCCCAGGACGUCCUGGUCCAAGCCAUGGGGGAACUGGAGCGUGACAGGGCUGCCAGCGGAGCCGAGAGAGUAGAGAGGGGCGAUGGAGAAAGCUCAGAGGAGGGAGAAAUGGAUUUCCCACCGCCUAUAUUCCGUGAGGUGGAGAAGCUUCCCCCAGAGGAUGCGGCCAAGAUGAGGCUGGAGGUGGACCAGCUGCUGCAGGAGGAUCCAUGGCAUGUGGCCAAAAUGGUGAAAAGCUACAUGCAGCAGCACAACCUGCCUCAGAGAGAGGUGGUGGAAUCAACGGGACUCAACCAGUCACACCUCUCACAGCACCUCAACAAAGGCACGCCCAUGAAGAACCAGAAAAGAGCUGCUCUGUACACCUGGUACGUCAAGAAGCAGUGCGAGAUUAGCCAGCAAUUUAGCAAUGCUAAACACGGCCUUGCAUCUGUUGAGGACCAAGGAGAGGACAUGAGGAAAGGGCGAAGGAACCGGUUCAAAUGGGGACCAGCAUCACUGCAGAUCCUCUUCCAUGCCUAUGAGCAACAGAAGAACCCAAGCAAGGAGGAGAGGGAGGGGUUGGUCGAAGAGUGCAACAGGGCAGAGUGCCUCCAGAGAGGUGUGUCUCCCUCCCAACUUGCUGGCCUGGGCUCAAACCUGGUCACUGAGGUCCGAGUGUACAACUGGUUUGCCAACCGCCGUAAAGAGGAGGCGUUCCGGAACAAACUGGCUCUCGAUGCACCUUAUACCAACCAGGCGUCCUCCGCUUUAAACCCCAUCAUCCCUCAAAGUCCUGAACACGGUGUAAAAUAUAGCCAACAAAGCCCAUGUGACACCCUGAGUUCAGCCAGAGGUAGUGGAGGGGAAAGAGUAGGACCUCUGGUGAUCAGCCCCAUCCAGCUCGAGCCGAGCCACACACUCCUUGAAAACCACAACCCCAAACUGGUAUCUAGCGGUGGUCCUUUGCCCCCGGUAAGCACUCUGACGUCGAUGCACAGUCUGUCCGCCUCCCCUGCCUCCUCACAGGGCCUCAUCAUGGCCUCACUGCCAAGCGUCAUGACUCUUGGAGAGUCCUCACUUCUCAUUGGUCUGGCAUCAACGCAGCCACAGACCGUACCCGUUAUAAACAAUGUGGGCAGCGGUUUCACCACCCUCCAGCCAAUCUCAUUCCAGCAACAGCUUCACACCUCUGCACAGCCGUCAAUACCAUCACAGCUCCCAAGUCAUAUGGGUGCUAGUCCAUUCAUGGCAACUAUGGCGCAGCUUCCUUCUCACAUGUACAGUAAAUCUGAUUCGCCCCAGUACCCUUCAUCUGGUGUGCUGUCUCAGGCCAUGGUCAUCACUGACAGCAACAGCCUGGGGACCCUGACCAGCCUCUCUGCUGUCAGACAGAUUCUGAUAACAGAUCCAGAGGAGGACGAAGAUCCACCUUUACAAGAAGACUCCCUCCACCUGCUGUCCCCCACACAUGGACCAGCUUCCUCGGAGAGCCUGGAGCUGUACCCGGCCUCUCGGACCGCAGAAGGUCAGCCUCACCUCCUGUCACCGUCACCAACUGACAUCAGCUCCUACAUUCCGCCACAAAUGGUCUCUACCGCACAGUAGUGCCUCUUUCAUGCCGUCAGCUGGACUCAGGACGGGAGGACGUUUGGGACAGACAACCCGUCCAGACACACUUUGAAGGAGGGAGUCUGGUGCCCCAUGGACUCUACAGCUUUAAUGCCUCAUAGGGACCCCGGAGCUCCACACCGCUGAAAGAUGAGCAGGAGCCAUUACAGCGGGCUUGAUUUUCAUACUCCAAGUUAUCAACUUCAGGUUUUAAAAAUUACAUUUAGAACAUUCAGAAAUUCAGUAUUUUUGUCCCAACUUGUCCUCUAACACUCCGAAA